AUGCUGGCGCUGGAGAUCGAGGGUCAUUGGGACAUCGUCAUAACUUCCUUACAGGAUAUCUGCAAUUCCAACGAAUCUCUCACGUUUGACAAUAUCUACGGCCAACACGAUCUUUCGGAGUUGACCGAGGCUGAACUCACCAAACUCAAAGAGGAGAUUGUAGACCAUAAACUGAAUAUUGGAACUGCCAAACGACUCAUCGACACAUCACAACAGAAUCUCAAGACUCUCAUAGAGCAGUUGCAAAAACUGGCUGAAAAGGAGUCCUCUUCCGCAGCAGCGGCUGCCGCAGCCGCAUCAGGCUCUUCUGGCGGCUCAUUCAAACGGUCAGUAGCUGGAAAGGAUAACAAAAAGAAUCCCAACAAGAAAGUGGGCAGACUGUUCUGGACUUCAAAAUACAAUCCUUCUGAGCCCAUACUCAUCGGGCUGGAAGUGGCGUAUAAAUUGAAAAAUCGUCACUUCGAAGAAUGGAUCCAAUGUGAGGUUAUGAAGGUAAUUGGCGAUGGUUCUAAAUUUGAGAUAAGAGAUCCAGAACCGGACGAAAACAACAAUCCGGGUCAGACGUUCAAAGCUAACUAUAAAGAGAUCUUGUUGAUACCGCCAUUAGUUGAAGUAGGAGAUUUGGUCAACUAUCCGUAUGGAACCAAAGUGCUAGCCCGGUAUCCAGAAACUACUACCUUCUAUCCUGCCAUAGUAGUAGGCAAUCGUAAAGAUGGAAACGUGAGGUUGAAGUUUGACGGAGAAGAGGAGGUCAAUAAGGAAACCGAGGUGGAGAGGCGGUUGGUGCUCCCGUUCCCGGAAAAGUAG